AAUCAGAACUCUGUUGCUUCAACUUUCUGAGUAUUAUAUGGCCUAUAAGGACAAUGAUGAUUGAGCCAAUAGAAAUUAGGACAACAAUGACUGAGCCAAUAGAAAUUAGGGAAAAUUCCAAGGGCGGGGCGGAGUCAAGGUGACCGAGUUGGUAAAUCCUGAACUCGCUUUCUCCCAAGAGAACAUCGGAAUUAAAACUGGAUCCUAGAGCAGCCAUCAGAGAGAACCACCUGAAGACUAGCUGAGCAGAAUUUCUCUAACUAAGGGUGUAAACAAGGAGCCUCGCCAGACAGGCUGUGUCAUCAUGCUCCCUUGGGCAGCCUUCCCAAGCCUUGUGCUUCUCUGGGCAGAUGCAGUAGUUUCUCAGGCCCGUGUGAGUGGAGUGGUGGGUCAGCCUGUCACCCUACCCUGCACCUACUCAACAGCUCGUGAAGUCACAACCAUGUGCUGGGGCCGAGGGGGAUGUUCUGUAUUUAAAUGCUCAAAUGAAAUCAUCUGGACUGAUGGCUACCGUGUCACCUUUCGGAAGGACAAGCGUUAUGAGCUAAAGGGACUCAUUUCCAAAGGGAAUGUGUCUCUAACCAUAGAAAAUGCAGCCCAGUCUGACAGUGGGGUGUAUUGUUGCCGAGUGGAGCAUUCAGGGUGGUUUAAUGACUUGAAAAUCAGCAUAUCAGUGGAGAUAAAGCCAGCUCCACCUGAGGUCACCAGUGCCCCAACAUCACCUAGGGUCUUCACCUCUCCUCCUACGACACCGGCACCAACACUAGACCUUCAGACAGCUCCACCGAAUGUCACCAGUGUCCCAGCAUCACCUAGGGCCUCUACCUCUGCUCCUACAACACCAGCAUCCACACAGACAUUCAAGACAGCUCCACCUAAAGUCACCAGUGUUCAAACAUCACCCAGGGUCUCUACCUCUGCUCCUAUAACUCCAGCACCCACGUGGAAAUUCAAGACAGAAACUCCUUCAUCGUCUCCAGUGCGGACAGCAGAAACCCAGCCUAUCACAGCACAGGGAACAAAUGCGACCAGCUCAUCGUUGGACUCUUCUUGCCCAACAGAUGGGAGUAGCACUGUGACGCAGCCAUCAGGUGGCGGUUGGCAGUUCAAUGAGACUCACACAUGCUUGAAACAAACGUGGAGGAGCACCAGUAAGGAACUCUCUAUUGGACUCUCCAUUGCUGCCGUGAUAUUGCUCACUAUUUUGGCUGCCGUAAUUACCAAAAAAUAUUUAUGCUUGAAAAGAAAGGUGCUGCAAAUAAGCAAAGAGCCUGAGACUGAAACUUCCCGAGAUUCAACUGCUGUGCGCUACGAAGCGUGUGACAACAUCUACUUUGAGAACAACCUUUACAACGUGCGUUAGGGCGCAGGGCCCUCUAAGGCCUUAGGCCCUUGACUGCAGAAGGCAAUGGCCAGACCUCACUGUGUCAGACCUUUGAGCUCCAGGAUGAUUUUCCUGUCAGUUUUGCAUGGCAUUCGGCAGGCCAGUGGUGCUGGGUAGGGUGUCUCUAGCUUAUCAGUGUGUAGUCAACCUUAUUGUUAGUAAGUCCUAAUUUUAUAUACUGAAAUUGGCUCAAUAUUUCUGGUCAUAGCAGAGCUCUCUCGCAAGUAUGAAAUGAACAGUUAAGAAUUGUAUAUUCUCUUUAGACCUCAUGAAUCCUGUAUCCGUUAAGAUUUCUCAUUAGGUAGACAGGCAGCAAAUACCUUGGUCACCAAGUCUGUCAGGAACAGUGGGAUAGGACUUACAAUCAGCAAAUCUGACUUGGUACUUAAAUUCCUUCACUUGGAAGCAUUUCAUGAUUACCUCUUGUUUUUUAUCUUUCAACUCCAAACGCUACAUUCCUUUGGUUCCUCCAAGGUUUUCAAAUUCUGGAGGUACAUAGGUUUUUGUUUCCCUGAUGGGGAAAUAAAGUCAGUGUGAUUUUGCCACUAGAUCUCCCCCCACCCCCCCAUUGCUCUGAAAACAUAAGGUUUUAAGUGCUUUCCCUGGGACCAGGAUGUGGGUCUUAGUAGUUAGAAGAAGCCAGGAUGGUGAGUGGACCAAGUAGAUACUGGGGGAAGAAAAUAAAUUGCUAUGUGAUUUAGAAGGAAGGAAGGGGAAGUAUUUAGUUAACAUUAAUUUUUUUCUGUAAGUUUAUCAAUUUUGUAGGAUGUAUGAGUUUUGUUCUUGAUCCUUUGAAACAGUUGAGAUUUCAUUUUCUACAAUCUGUCCUGGGACACUAGGGCAUGGUUAUAAUUAAGACCAUCUAUUAAACUUUGGAAAUUUUGCACGUCUUUAAGAAGUAGCAGAACCAAUCUUUCACUGAUGGAUUGGAGGUUAUUUUGUGAGCACAUGAAAGUGUGAGAGUCUCUUCUUUUCAUUGUAUGCACACUCACCAAUAAAUGUG